AUGUUCAAGCGCUUGCUGAGCGCGUCGCUGCUCCUCGGCGCAACCACGGCUCAUCUCGCUGCAUUCCAUAAAGGAAUGUAUUGUCUCAACGGCGUGAGCGGGCAAACCGACUACAACUCCUACGACAUCGUUUCUCCGCUCUACCAACUCCCAUUCAGAGAUUGGUGGUUCCAUCACGUUAAUAGAUGCGACGAAUUCCCACCAGCACCAGGAGACUUUCUCGAUCUCCCGGCAGGAGGAUCCUUCAUGGUCGAAAUCGCGUCCAACCGCGCCAAAACCACGCUCUCGUAUGGUGGACGCGAUGCCUCCGACUGGCCCGAUGGUAACCAUUAUCCAGAGGACUACUCCGACAUCAAACAAGUCACACCCGAAAACCUCGUCGUGUUUACCGUUCGCCACAAAUGCGGCCAACCAAACAUCUACCACACCCCCUUCCGCUGCCGCGUAACCAACGUCAACACCCAAAUCAGCACCCCGCUCGCCCCUCCCAAGCCCCCCGUCUGGUGCGAAGACAACCCCGCCACGUGCACCCGCGGCGCCAAGCAGAUGAUCUACUGGAACCAGCUGGAGGGGAAUAAUAUCUUCGUGGAGGGGUUGGAUAGGCGGGGUGACCCGAAGAGUCCGGGGUAUAAUGAGAAGUGCGGGUUUGCUGAUGGCGCGCAGAACGACAUCUUCGCCAGCGCUCCUUCGAACGGUGGAAAUGGGAACAACGGUGGUGGGAGUGGGAAUGUAGCUCCCCCUUCUCAACCACCCGGUGGGUCGAGAGCCGAUCCCAACGCCAACCCAGGCAACACGAAUGGGAACACGAACGGGAACACCAACCCCACCGUCAACCCCGGAGGAAGCGGAAACGGAAACUCGAACGCCAAUUCUGGCGGAAGCUCCAAUCCCAACGCCAACUCUAGCGGGAACUCCAACACCAACUCCAACUCGCCCACACCCGGAUCCUCGUCAUCCUCCUCCUCGACUACACCCACAGAAGCGGAAGAGUUCGUGCAGAACGACCCACCCGCGUGCAGGGCCGAUCAAGCUAGGCGACGCCGACGGGGUGUCGAGCAACGCGCGCUCAAGUCGGGAAGACAUGGGAGGCAUGCGCGGUCGAGGGUUUCGCAUUGGUGA